CCUCUCCAGUCGUGUGAAGACGCGCAGACCCGAGAAGACCUGAGACCUGUUAGAUUCACUCCUGGAGUUUCUGAACGACUGAUCGGACCGUGUUUCGUCGCCUGAAGACGCUCACACACAUUAAUGGUGAUCGAGUUGAUAGUCGAUGUGUGAUGAUGGAGUUCCCUGCAGAUGAAGAGCUGGAGGAACAGUGUCCUGUGUGUGGAGAUAAAGUGUCCGGGUAUCAUUACGGUCUUCUGACCUGUGAAAGCUGUAAGGGUUUUUUCAAGAGGACGGUUCAGAAUAACAAGAGAUACACGUGCACACAGAACCAGGACUGUGGCAUCGACAAAACCCAGCGCAAGAGAUGUCCGUUCUGCCGCUUCCAGAAGUGCCUGAGCGUCGGCAUGAGACUCGAGGCUGUCCGUGCGGAUCGAAUGCGAGGGGGAAGGAACAAGUUCGGGCCCAUGUACAAGCGCGACCGUGCCCUGAAACAGCAGAAGAGAGCUUUAAUCAGAGCCAGCGGCUUUAAAAUCGAGGGCAACCCGACCCUCAUGUCCACCGGUCAGACGGAGUACCCUCAUCCCGGGUCGCUCUCGGUCCUCCACCUGCCGCCUCUCUCGUCUCCGGAGUACGAGUGUCCUCCUCUCUGUCCUCCAGCCCUGAGUGUGGCGCUGCAGAGCUACGGCUCAUUCCCGGCUCAGUACCAGUACAGCGCUCCCAGAUCCAUUAAAGCGGAGUACCCGGAUGUGUACUCUAGCUCUCCAGACUCCUCUCUGGGAUACCCGUACCCUGACGGCUGCAUGCCCGCGUCCCCUCACUCCAGUCCCAUGAACCCCGGGCUCCCCCCGCUGGUGCUGGAGCUGGUCAGCUACGACCCGGAUGAGGAGCAGGUGCGAGGGAAGAUCUGUGCGUAUCUCCACCAGGAGCAAAGCGGCCGAGGGAAACUGGACAAACCUCGAGCCUUCAGCCUGCUGUGUGUCAUGGCGGAUCAGACACUCUUCUCCAUUGUGGAGUGGGCAAGAAGCUGUGUCUUCUUCAAGGAACUAAAGGUUGGAGAUCAGAUGCGACUGCUGCAUAACUGCUGGAGCGAGCUGUUGCUUCUCGAUCAUAUCUGCCGACAGGUGCAUCAUGGGAGAGACAACAGUCUGCUGCUCAUUACAGGACAGGAGGUGGAUCUGUCGGCGGUGUGUGACGCGGGACCGCCUCUGUCCAGUAUGGUCCAGAGAGGACAGGAUCUGGCCAGGAGACUUCAGCUUCUUCAGGUGGACAGAAGAGAGAUGGCCUGCCUGAAGUUCCUCAUCCUCUUCAACCCCAACGUGAAGCUCCUGGAGAACCAGCCGUUAGUGGAGAGUGUGCAGGAGCAGGUGAACGGGGCUCUGCUGGAGUACACACUCUUCUCGUACCCUCAGUGUGUGGAUCGCUUCGGUCAGCUGAUCCUGCGACUGGCGGAGGUGCGUUCGCUGAGCGCGCAGGCCGAGGACUAUCUGUGUUACACACACCUGUGUGGAGAAGUGCCCUGCAACAACCUGCUCAUAGAGAUGCUUCACGCCAAGAGGUCGACCGCGGUGUGAACCAGACUCUCCUCUACU